AUCCGAUGAGGAAGUGCUCGGGCACCGCGUGGCUAGUCUGUCAGAUGUAAACAAAGCCGUAGUUACUUGGAUUAAACCUAAAAUAAAACUUAACGCGACCAAGGUAUUGUGAGCUUCCAGGUUGCGCAACAAAAACGGGAACAUGAAGUUUUUGGAUCUUUUUGGUCGUCUAAAAUCAGUGGUUAUUGGAAUGAUCCAUGUUAAAGCCUUACCAGGCACCCCCCUGGGUUGUAUGAAAAUGUCCCAAAUCACUGAGGAAGCAUGCAGGGAGGCAGCAAUCUACCAAGAUGCAGGGAUUGAUGGUUUGAUCAUUGAGAACAUGCAUGAUAUUCCUUACUCAUUCUCCGUGGGCCCUGAGGUGUCUGCCUGUAUGACUGCAGUAUGCACCGCUGUGAGAAGCAUCUGUCCACGCCUGCCGCUCGGAGUGCAAAUACUGUCUUCUGCAAAUCAGCAGGCACUGGCUGUAGCUCUGGCUUCAGGUCUGGAUUUCAUCAGGGCUGAGGGGUUUGUCUUUUCUCACGUGGCUGAUGAGGGUCUCCUGAAUGCCUGCGCUGGGGACUUACUGAGAUAUCGCAAGCAGAUUGGAGCUGAGCAUGUGCAGAUCUUCACCGACAUCAAAAAGAAGCACAGCUCCCAUGCCCUGACAUCAGAUGUGAGCAUUGAAGAGACGUCACGAGCCGCCGAGUUCUUCCUCUCAGAUGGACUCAUCAUCACAGGAACAGCCACUGGAGUGCAGGCUGACCCGCGGGAGCUCAGAGAGGUUUCCCAGUCUGUGAGUAUCCCGGUGCUGAUAGGUUCUGGAGUGACCUAUGACAACAUUGAAUGCUACAUGGAUGCAAAUGGAAUGAUCAUCGGUUCUCAUUUCAAGGAGGGAGGCCACUGGGCCAAUGCAGUCGACCCAGAGCGAGUGAAACGGUUCAUGGGAAAGAUGGGUGACCUUCGAAAAUGACAGUGAAGGU